GUCACGCCUCCGAAAGUGGAAAGCGAGGCAGAUACGUGCAAAAUUACACGAUUAUCGGGAAGCGUGUCCGUCUUAAAGAGGUGCGUGACCUGUUGACAGGGUCAUUUGGGUUUUUAAAGCUGAAAGCAUGUCUUCGUUUGUGUUGUGCACCUUAAGCAGGACACUGCGGUCCGCGGCGCGGCUGGGCAAUGUGGGUAAAGUGGACUUAGCCUCAGUUCCGUGGAGGUCCCGGGCUGUGGGCACCAGACACAUGUCAUAUGGGAGGAUAGUGAAUGGGACAGGCGGAAAGAGGGUCCUCUGGGUGACCGGAGGAGCAGCGGCGGUGGCUGGAGUCGCAGCGGCCGCGUUCAGUCACUUUCAGCGGGCUGAGAUGGCGACCAGGAGGGACGUCGUGAAGGAGGACGAGGAGGGCAGCAUUGCCGAGCGGUGCAGGGCGUUCAUGUCUCCGCCGGUCACCCCCGUGGAGCAGCUGGAGAAGAGGAAAGGAGAGAUAAGGACCCGGAUGGAGAUGCUGAUCAUGCAGACACAGGCUGAGUUCUGCCGGGCGCUGGAGGAAGUGGACGGCGGGAAGUUCAGGGUGGACCGCUGGAGCCGAGAGGAAGGUGGUGGGGGGAUCAGCUGUGUGAUGCAGGACGGUAAGGUGUUCGAGAAGGCCGGAGUAAACGUGUCUGUCGUGUCCGGCUUCCUGACGGAGGAAGCAGCCAAGCAGAUGCGCAGCCGUGGAAAAGUCCUGAAAGGGAAAGACGGGAAGCUGCCAUUCAUCGCGAUGGGCGUCAGCUCGGUCAUCCACCCCAAAAACCCCCACAUUCCCACAGUGCACUUCAACUACAGAUACUUUGAGAUUGAGGAGGAGGACGGCUCUAAGCAGUGGUGGUUUGGUGGGGGCACUGACCUCACUCCAGUUUACAUUGACAAAGAGGAUGCGGCCCUUUUCCACAGCGUCCUGCGGGAGGCGUGUGAUAAACACCACCCAAAAUACUACCCCGACUUUAAGAACUGGUGUGACCGUUACUUCUACGUCCGUCAUCGUGGUGAGACGCGGGGCAUUGGCGGGAUUUUCUUUGAUGACCUGGACUCUCCGAAUCAAGAGGAGGUGUUUAACUUUGUAAAGAGCUGUGCAAAAACUGUGGUGCCCUGCUACCUGCCCAUCGUCCGAAAACACCUCAACGACUCCUUCACCCAGGAGGAGAAAGACUGGCAGCAAGUCAGACGCGGCAGGUAUGUGGAGUUUAACCUGGUGUACGACCGUGGGGUGAAGUUCGGCCUCGCUACUCCAGGAUCCAGAGUAGAGAGCAUCCUCAUGUCUCUACCACUCACAGCAAGGUGGGAGUACAUGCACGAGCCACGCAAAGGCACCAAGGAAGCGGAGAUGCUGGAGGUUUUACGCAACCCUAAAGAGUGGAUCUGAGAGAACACGCAGAGACACUGGCUUCAUCCGGCCGCUGUGUAGUGCCAGUAAAGGGGUUUUAUAAGGUGGAAAAGCUCAGAUGGCCCACCGGAACCGUCCGCCCCCCUUCUCUACUCACUGAUUUGAUUUUUUAUCUACUGAAUUCUGAAUCUGCUGUGAAAAAUCAUGAUUCCUGCUUUAAACAGACCACUGCUGCUUCUCUGUUGGCCUCCGUGUGGUGGCCGCUCUCUCCGCUGCUGUGUUGUUUGUCUCUCAGGACGUGAGCGUUACCUGGCGACCAGCGAGUUUCUGCCUUGUCUGGUGUCCAUGCGUGACUGUGGACGUGCUCGCGGUCUGCUGCCUUACUAACUCGGCCUAAUCACUGGGUGUUUGUGGCCUUUCUUUCUUUUUUUGUAAGUGCUCUCUCUCGCUUCUUUAAAGGGCCCAUAUCACGGACAAAUGAAACUGCUUUCUUUCUUUUUUGUUUUUUAAUAAAAAGUUUGACUUUGAUUUAGUUUGUAAACACUUCCAAAACGCAUCCAGUCCAUAUGUGGCAGCUAAGCUGCAAAAACAGCCCAUUUUUUGAAUUCGCUGCUUUUAUGAUGUCACAAAAACAUACAUAACACAUGAGCUGUGGCUACAAUUUGCUGGAUUGUUAUGUUGAGAUUAUGUUGUGAUCUUGAGAUAACAACUUUUGUUAUGUUGGGAUCACAAGACAGUUGUUGUCUUAAGAUCAUGACUUAGUUAGAUAACAACUUUUACCUUGAGAUCACAAGAUAAGUCAUGAUCUCGAGAAAACAAGUUUUAUUUUGAGAUCACACAUCAUGAUAACCAAGAUAGCACAAGAUAACUAAGUUGUGGUCUCAAAAGAAUAACUUUUAUCUUGAGAUCACAAGUCAUGAUCUCAAGAAAACAACUUUUAUCUUCAUCACAGGUCAUGAUCUUAAGAAGACAACUUUAUCUUGAGAUCACAAGAUAAGUCAUGAUCUCAAGAUAACAACUUUGCAUUUAUUUACAGACAUUUACAUAUUGGUCUUAAAGGCACAGUGACAAAAACAGUCUAUUUAAUGCUAAAGCUAACGGAACGAAUACCAUCAAAUAAGCUGUUGUAAGUAUUGAAAAAAGAACUCUGAACUGCUGAUUUGUGCAGUGGACCAAUCACAGUAAGAGAGAGGUCUUCAAACAAACGAAGCGGUGAUUAGGAGAGCACACCACACCAAACAAACUCGUUUUGGACUUCAUUUUGCCGUGAUGCGUUUUAUUUUGAAGCUUACUGUCGGCGUAAAGGAUAAAAAGAGGUUGGAAAAAUGGUUAUAUAGAAUUUGAUUGACUUUUUUUUGGUAAAUAAACCCUCACAAAUGUCAUAAGUGGACCUUAGAAGAGGAGAAAUAAAAAGGAUAAGGGCCCUUUAACACUUUUACUCUUUCUGUUUGUUGCUUUGCUGCCUGGGUUUUGAUUUGUCCUCUUCAGCUUAUCGCACUUCUGUUUAUCUGCUGUGGUUCCAGCUGUUUUCCUUCAAAGAAAGCCACUAUAUAAAGAUGUGAAUUGCCUGUAUAACUUAAUCUGAAUUUUGUAUUGACAAAGACAUUAAAGUAUCUUUUGUAACACUAUA